AUGAAACAAUGCACAAACUCGAGUAGUACGGAAGGUGUCGCCGAAAGUCAUGUAGCUCCACAAACGAAGGCUCCAACGAUGACGGCAACGACGACAUUGACGUCGGGGACCACAACGUCCACCGCUACGACCAUGUCCACGAACGCUAAGAUGAAGCACACGAGUGGCUCCACGCGGGAGUCGAAAGCUGAUCCCAAAGCAUCAGGAGGUAAAUCCGCCUCCGACGUGCACCCGUUGAAGCACCAGCAGCAACAGCCACAGCAGUACCUUCAUCAUCCACACCAUUAUCCGCUGCAUCACCAUCAGCUGGGUGCGAAGAUGAACAGCAAACUGGGUACCGCCGGUGUCGAUUCGCUGUCCGCACUGCAUAUGCUCCCGGCGCACCUGAGGGAUAUGUUUCUGGCCGCGCAGCUGUUACGAGGUUACUAUCAACCGGCUGGUCCGCUGAUAUCACCUCAUCUACUUGGCCAACCACCGUCCCAGCACGGUCCGAAAAGCGGUCCGGAUGGCGAACCGCUGCUACAGAGUCCACAGCAACCGCCUGCGUCUUCCACAGCCGACAGUACGGACAGCGACGUCCUGCUGACAGGUACGCCCGGACGCCCCGCCAACGAUCACCCGAUGGGCUUCCAUCCACUGCGCCCGAGGGCUGCAGUCGCCGUAGCAGCCGCAGCCGCAGCCGCUGAUGAUGCAGAUCGUUAUUUUCGUUCCAUCUUUCCAGGUGGUGGAGUCGACCUAGGGCAUCGCUCCCAACCCUACGGUGCAUCCCGUUAUGGUCCAGGCCCCGGUAGUGGAGGUCCACCCGGUAAUCUCUACCCCCGACCGAUGCAGAUGCACUGUCCACCAGCGUAUUUGUCGAACAGUUACUACUCACCGUCCCCGUACGGUCCGCAACCACCUCCACCUCAUGGACCACCACCGGAGAUGUACUACACGCACGCAUAUCCGCCCCAUUUUUACACAAAGUUUGCAUCUCCGUACUAUCCGACAUCCCGACGAUACUACGCAGGGCCGGGACCCGUUCCCGACCAUCACCUAUACGAACAGGCACCACCACCCAGCAGUGCACAAGGGCCGCCUGGCCCGCCACCCCCGCCAUCCGGGGCACAACUCGUACCUGCUGGACCACAAGGUCCCCAGCAUCUGGAUCACUAUCCGUACCCGCCGUAUCCAGGUUACGGUAGUCCCGGGCCGGGUUCUGGUAGUCAGUGUUAUCCACGCAACCUGCAACACCCGCCGCCUCCGCCUGCGUAUAUGGAUGCGCAUUACACAACCAAUUGCCCAUGUCCGAUGCAGUGUCCAAAAAACGUCAAUGCUGGGUCCCUUAUUGGUAUCAAGGCCAGUAAGGGCCCAGUAGCCACAAACAACCAUAUCGUACAAAAUCAGACGGGCGCAAGGAUUAGCACGACCGAACCAAUCACGAUUUCGUCGAGCUCCUCUUCGGCGUCAUCUUCCUCGUCACCGACGCCAGUCGAUUUGCCCGUCACUACCUCGGCAACCACCACCCCCGUUAGACAGACUUUGGCCGAUAUCGAGUCGUCACCAAACGCCACUUGCAAGCAGCAACCCCAUCCGUCACACGGGUAUCAUGGACAUCACCAUCACGGGUCUGCACUGCAGAUGGAAAUGCAUCCACAGGGAGCGCCAACUCACCAUCCACACACGUAUCCCUAUCACUUCCAUCAUCACCAUCCUGGUCCGCUGCAUCACUCACAGCACGGACCGAUCCAGACAGAUAUAGCAGAAAAUACCGCAGUUACGGCAACGUCCACCUCUGCAAUGACUACACUGAGCUCGUCUGCGAAGCAUGCACCAGGCGUGGUGGCAACGGCUACCGCAGGAACCGACACUAACCAACCGGAUAAAAUGUGCUACAAAACGGAGCUGCCAAUUAAGCCAGAAUCCGUAACGGAACUUCUUUCGACACCAAUGCAUUACGGUAGCCCAUACCAUCAUCCUUACCAUCAUCCGAUGGGGUAUUAUCACCAUGCAAAGCUAAGCGACCUCAAAGAGGAACAACACGGUACACUAACACCACCAUAUUCGAUUUCGGGCAAGAUGAAACUGCUCGAAACUCCCGAGAUGAGCCCCGUCCGAGUGUCAACCGUAUUAAACGCUGCUCCGGUACUUUCCGGCGAAAUCCUACAGCCUUCACAUAAAGUAACAGAAUGCGGUGACAAAACACACUGCACGGACGAGGACAAGUUAACAAGCAUUCCGGUGUCGACUGCGAUCGUGAAGCAGGAAAUCGAAGAAUUCAAACUGCUAGAGCCGCUUGACGGCACGGUAUGCAAGAAGGAAGAUUUCGAGGAGACGGGCCCCGCUAUCACACCGGACCUGUUGGAUGAGGCGAUUGUUAUUAAAAAGGAUCGAGAUGAGAUAAAACCAAUCACAAGAACGGCCUGUCAUCCCGAACACCAACGAGCGCAUCCACAUGCGUCAGUCGAUCAUCACCAUCUGCAUCACCAUCACCAUUUGCAACAGAUGCACGUUGCCGCGCAUCUACCGCACCACCUACAUCACCACAGUGCCAGUACAAAUCUCUUGCAUGGGACACCACAACAUCAUCAUCUACAUUCGCAUUAUAGCAUGCAGGGUCAGCAGCAGCAACCUUUAAUUACCGGUCUGCUGGUGGAGAAGGAUGAUGUGGAAACCGAUGCCAAACUACCUCCGGAUAGCAAGAGUUUGCUCACAGAGCUCGUGCUGACGACGGAAGCGUCUAUGGUGGAGUCACCGAAAACGACGCAAUCAAUACUUACAACAUCACCUUCGGCAACAGAGACAGCGAUAGCGUUGACGACCAAAUCAGUAGUGGACUUGUCGGCAAAGAUGAACGUAACAAACGACAUCUCUGAUAGUUCUAGCCAGCAACCAAGGGGAAACAGUAGUGAUAAUAGUUUUAGUCUUAGUGAUAGCCUAACCCCUAGUGUCGCUGGCGCUCCUGAACAACUGAGCUCAAUAUCAAAGAACAUUGUGAAAGUACAAUCACAUGACAGCAGUGCUGGCAGCCUAGAUCCUCCUUCGCCGGUACCUAUACCGGCCUCCACCGUUAAACGGAGACCGCUGCUGGUGGCAUGCAAAAAGGCAACACCUAAGCAUUCACCCCCAAAUAGCUAUAAGAAUCUGAUCAAACGUACAAAUGGCCUGGAGGGUGAAGAUGGACACCAGAUACAAUGUCCGGAACCGGUAGAACUAAGCGAAGAAGAGGAAGAAGAGGAUGAAGAGGAUGACGAAGAGGAGGAGGAUAAUUACGAAGAGGAGGAGGACGAAGACGCGUUGCAAGACGAACAGAUUGAGGAUGUUGAGGAUAUCGAACUGCAGGAGCAACGGAAGGUAGAGAAAGAGAAAAGUACAGCUCGACAAAAGGAACCUCUAACGUCUGCGAGAAGUCUCAAACAAUCCGCUAAGAAACGUCUAGUCCAGCGGAAGUUAUCUGCUGAGCACAGAAGAAAGGGAUGCAAGAGAAAUCUGGUUCGAUCAACGGGUACAGCGCACAACAAACUGCACCGCAACCAGUUAUGCUUUGAAUCGAAAACAUUGACUGUGCCUACAUUAAUAAGUACGGAACGUGCACGAUCAGUGAGACGAUAUUAUCGCGUGUUCCGUUCCAGCAUCGAUUCACUUAAGCGUUUGCCUGUGUCAAUGCGUAAGAGGCUAUUGCAUCGCUCAAACAUUACGCUCCUCCCAUUGCGUCGAAGUGCUCACAAACGGUCAUGCAAAUCGCAACGAUUGUCAACGGAAACCAUCAACGAAGGGAAUGACAUGGUUCACCAGUCUGAUGCUCAAAACUUACCAACGGUUUGUGGAAACGUUAAUGACAUCAUCAAGGGAGGACAUAAGUUGCCAAACCAAUCAGAACAAUACCCUUCGAAAGAACUGUUGGGGUGUGAAGGCACAAAUGAUGAUUCCGUUAAUGAAAUCACAGAAACAGUGCCGAAAGCGUUAGAUAUUAAUGCGAUGAGACAACCGCUUUCAAACGUUGAUCGUACUAUUGAUCUCGUUGCCAAAGGAUACUUUUCCGAACCAGAAAUACUUAACGGUACAGAACUGCAAGCCCACUCUCGGGCUUGGUUGAAGAAACUGAAACAACAACAAGAAGGUCGUUCGCAUUCAGAACAGAGCCGUGGUGCUAGGUCUCGUGAUCGAAAGAGUGAAGGUAGUAGUACGAAAAGGUGUAAAACCAAGUGCUCUUCUUUAGUUCUAGAUGCCAUCGCAUCUCCCACGGCAACAACUCCCAUUACUAAAGACAAAAAACCAAAAUCUAAAGCAUCAAAACAUACACCCGUAGUGGUACAGUUACAGAUAAAGGCUGAUUUGAAAGCGGAAAAUACAGUCGAACGCAAAGAAAGUAAGAGCAAAAAGAAGGCAAGCUCCAAAGAACGCAAGAAGGAUCAAACUAACAGGAAGAGAAAACAGCAGGAACUAAACGGUGAUAACGAUGAUUCUCACGCACGUAAACGAAAUAAUCCUAAAUUGGAAUUAGUUAAAUCAGACAAUUCUUUGUACCAGCGUGCCACAUCGACACCUAUCUCCGUUCCUGUUGCUGAGGUGUCUCUACUGUUGGGUCAAGAUGAUCGUGAGGAAGAUGGUCGUAAGGGAUGCCCCGUUGUGUUUGAUGACAGUGUCGUUACACUAAUGGAUCAAUCCUCCGUGAUGGAUGAUCGCGAAACAGACUUCGAUGACGCGGCGACCAUGUUGGUGGAAGAUGAUGUGGCAAGUGUUGAUACGAGCGUUCUGGUGAAUCGGCAUAAUAAUAACAAUAACAGUGCCGUUACGGAUAAGAACAACCAGAACCAGGAACAGCAACGAAUUGCAACAGAUCAGCUAGUUCUGGUCGCACCUAUUCAAGCAAUCAUCGCCGAAGGUAAGGAAGGUAGUGAGCUAGAACCUCCAGAGGGUAUGGAACCGUUUAUGGACGAGCAAUUAGAAGAAGAGGAAAUGCACGCAAAUGUGCAGCUAGCCGAUUCGAACCUUUUAUCCGAACCUAUACAUCCUACGGUGGUGUUACAACCGCAACAAUGUCCCCCAACGGAAUCAUCCAUUGGAGACCAAGCUGCGUUAAGGCUGGAUCUUAACUACGACGAUGAUUAUGAAGAUCUGGAAGAGGAGGAACUUAUGCCAAAGCGUGGCUCAAGCCGAUCCGUCAAGCGACGGCGUUCUCGAUCGAAGACAAAGUCGAAAAAAUUCAGCACGAAGAAACGGCAUCGCCCGUCCACACAUCGGACAUUGGCAGCUGAGUUGGAGGAGCUGAUUGUGCCAAAAAAAUGUACCACUAUUCCGCGUUGGAGCAAUGGUUGGACCUGGGAGGGUCAGCCGUUCCAAGGAAAAAUAUUUUUGAACAGUGAUGAUCCGCCGGUACUGCGCACAUGUUAUCCGGCGAUGCGACAUUCCGUUGGGGACAUAAUCAAACCGCGAGACUGUGUACUGCUAAAGGCUGGUAGUAAACGUGCGGAGUUGCCAUACGUCGCCAAGGUGGCCCACCUAUGGGAAAAUCCUGAUGAUGGAGAAAUGAUGAUGUCUUUGCUGUGGUACUAUCGACCGGAACACACCGAACAAGGUCGUCAGCGUACUGAUGGCCCGGACGAAGUGUUCGCCUCUCGCCACAAAGAUCAUAACAGCGUGGCGUGCAUUGAAGACAAAUGCUAUGUGCUUACGUUUAGUGAGUACUGCAGAUUUCGACGACAGCUGAAAGGGUAUGAGGAAAACAUCGAGGAACAGCCGUCGAUUGUGCCUCCUCUAAGGCGCGAAAACCCCCGCCUUCCGCCACCGAUCGUUUCGCCUGAGCUGGUAAUGUACUGCCAGCGGGUGUACGAAUUCCGCCAGAAGCGACUCCUGAAAUCCACCUCCUAG